CGAAUAUUUUCCAUUCGCGGAAGUUGCUAAGAAGAGUUCGUCAGAAUGAAGAUUGUCAUAGUCGUUGCGGUCGUAGUCGCCGCCGCUGUUAACACAAAGUUCGUCGAGGCGGACAUUGUCGACGUCUUCUUGAACAUUGGCAGAGAGCCGCUUCUCGCGUGUGCGAAGGAAAAUGGUUUCACCGAAGUGACACCUCGAGAAAUAUACUUCAAGGAGAUUCGAAAGACCUUGGAUGAAGCCACGUGCUUGAGUGCCUGCGCGAUGAAGGGAUUGGGCGUGUUGAAAGACUCGACGCUGAACCCGAAGAUGGUGAACGUAUUCAUUAAGAUCGCAUACCUGAAGGAUCCGGAAAUGACUUCCGUGAAGAUAAAAGAGGCGGCCGAAUGCAACGAAAAAGCCAAAUCCAUAUCCGACGAGUGCAAGAUGACGUUUUAUUUCGUCAAAUGUUUCAUGGGAGCAUAACGAGGAGGCCAAUUUCGAGCACACUAUCGGACUGCACGGAGGACGAGGUCGGUCCGCCGCGUUCAACUUCGAACGUGUAUCACGCGUUUUUUCCCGACCAGAGCUACGAGUUCAUUUAUUAGCGUGAAAUUCGAGAAUUUUUCUGCCAAUUAAUGUAUCGCGCGCGUUCGAAUCGCAAGCUUCGUUUCCUGUUCCCUAAGAUCCGUCGUUAUCUGUCCAUGUUCGUGUAUUAAACGAACGCAAGAUUCGCUGUAUCCAGUGCAAAGGCUUUCGCUCUUUCAUGUUUUACAACGUUGAUCUUAUGCUGUUCAAGUAAACGAAUAAAAAUAUAAGUUUGUGCUCUAAUCGCAAAAAUCGCUUCGAAUAUCGAUCGAAGCAUUCGAUUAGGUUCUUACGACAGAAGAUUAUAAUCAGAAAGCGCGUAAAAGUAUUUUUACCGAUUUAAUUUCACACAGGAUAAGUUUAUAAAUACAGUGUAUCCCAAAA